AUGCCAGCUGGUUUAGACAAUUUAGAUUUUGCAGUGCUUUGUGCGCUUGCAUUAGCUGUCGUUGCUUAUUUCGGUAGGGACACCUUGAAAGCUGUUUUCAGUUCUGAUGAUUCGUUAACAAGCGUUAGCUCGACAUCUCGUGACAUCGUCGAAGUUGCAAAGGAAAACGAUAAGAACUACCUUGUGCUAUUUGGGUCUCAAACAGGUACUGGAGAAGAUUACGCUAAGAAAUUUGCUAAGGAAUUGAUUGCUAAGUUCCAAUUGAAAGUUAUGUGCGUUGAUGUUGAGAAAUACGAUUUUGACAAUUUGAGCCAACUACCUUCCAACAUCCCGGUGUCUUUCUUCAUUUCUACUUACGGUGAAGGUGACUUCCCAGAUGGUGCUGUUGCCUUGGAAGAGUUUUUGCGUGAUGCUGAAGCUGAUUCGUUGUCUAAUUUAAAAUACACCUUGUUUGGUCUAGGUAACUCAACUUAUGAAUUUUUCAAUGGUGCUUCAAAGAAGACUGAAAAAUAUUUGAAGGACGCCGGUGCUAAUUUGAUCGGUAAGUUCGGUAUUGCCGAUGACGGUGCUGGUACCACCGAUGAAGAUUAUUUGUCCUGGAAGGAUGCUACUUUGGACGCUUUGAAAGACGUCUUGCAUCUAGAUGAACACGAAGAGAAGUUUGAACCUGCCUAUCAAUACGAGGAAUUAGAACAAUACUAUGACGAAUCUGUGUCACAUGGUGAACCAACUACUGCGUACUUACCAGAAAAUACUAUUAAGGGCCCAUUCACCCAUAACCAACCAUUCUUGGCCCCUGUCGUUAAAUCUAGAGAAUUAUUCAAGAACACUGACCGUAACUGUAUUCAUGCCGAAUUUGAUUUGGAAGGUUCUAACCUGAAAUAUACUACUGGUGAUCAUCUCGGUGUGCUGCCAUCUAACUCCGAUGAACAUGUUAAGCAGUUCUUGACUACAUUCAGUUUGAAAGAAGAUACCGUCUUCGAUCUAAUUUCCACUGAUGCUACUGUUCAACCACCGUUCCCAGUUCCAACCAGUAUUGGUGCUGCUGUGAGAUAUUACUUGGAAAUUACUGGCCCUGUCUCAAGAUCUAUCUUUGGUCAAUUGGUUGAAUUUUCUCCGAACGAGGAAGUCAAGGCCAAAUUAGUUCAGUUGUCCAAGGACAAAGAAGAAUUCGCUAAACAAAUCACCUCAAAACACUUCAACCUAGCAGACGCCGUGCUAUACCUAUCAAAUGGUAAGCCAUGGUCCUCUGUCCCAUGGAACUUUUUGUUGGAAACCUUGCCACAUAUGCAACCACGUUACUACUCUAUCUCAUCUUCCAGUAGUACAGAACCAGGUGUUGUUCAUGUUACCGCUGUUGUUGAAAACCAACCUAAUCCAACUGAAGAAGGUAAGAAGAUCACUGGUGUCGCCACCAAUUUAUUGAGAAACAUCCAACUUGUUCAAAAUAAGGUAGACCUCUAUGAACUAGAAAAGAACGAAAAGGAAGGUAGGACUCCAACGCCGUCAUUAUCAGUUCACUUUGAUUUAAACGGCCCACGUAACUUGUACAAAAAUUUCAAGUUGCCAGUUCAUAUACGUCAUUCACAAUUUAGACUACCAUCGAACCCAAAUACGCCUGUCAUCAUGAUCGGUCCUGGUACUGGUGUGGCCCCAUUCCGUGGAUUUAUUAGAGAAAGGGUUGCAUACAAGGAACACCACAAAGAUGACGGGGAAGCCAUUAGUCAAUUGGGUAAGCACAUUUUGUUCUAUGGUUCUAGAAAUCAAAAUGACUACCUUUACGCCGAAGAAUGGCCAGAAUAUGCCAAGAAAUUGGGCGAAUGUUUCGAAAUGGUCGUUGGUCAUUCUAGAUUGGGUGGUGAUUCAAAGAAGAGAACAUAUGUCCAAGAUUUAUUGAUCCAAAGAAGAGAAGAUGUAUUCAAAAUGAUCAAGGAUGGUGCCUUCAUCUACGUCUGUGGUGACGCUAAGGGUAUGGCCCAAGGUGUGCAUAAGGCAUUAGUUCAAAUCAUCUCUGAAGGUAACAAGGUUUCCGAAGAAGACGCCACAAAUAUUAUCAAGAUGAUGAAGACUACUGGAAAAUACCAAGAAGAUGUUUGGUAA